AUGUCUCUUCCCCGUCGCUUCUCCAUUUCCAUCGAUGGCAAGCCCGUUGUUAUGCCCAGAGAGGACCCUGAGCAGAUGCCCCAGGCAAAAACUUCCGAUUAUGGGGACCAGCCUGCUGUCUUUGAGAUUCUGGGCGGCCACCUCAUCAGUGGUCCAUUCGCCAUGGGUCGUCGAAAUAUGGAGGAUCGCAGCUUGCAUCCCAAGAGCGUCGUGUGGUGCACCAUGGAACACAUGAACGAGCUACAACCUGUGCAAGUUGAGAUGCGAGAGGAUGGUCCCGAGCUCAGUUUUAAUGGCUGCAGAUUGGCGCUCAUCGAAGGCCAGGUUGUCUGCCCUCUCAUCCCAGAGAUGGCACCCUCUCAGCGAGUUGAGAUUCGACCGGAGUAG